UGGUCAUCAUCGUACUACACUUUCUAUUGGCCCUUCUGGCUCCUAAAGCAUCCCGAUAUAGACAGCACUCACCCGGAAUUCUGUUGGCCUUUCUUUCUUUCUUUCUUUCUUUUUUAUUUUGCUCUCCUCUGCAGCCCAUGCAAGGCUGCUGCAACACCUACAUCCAGGUUUUAAUCAUCAGACAAUCAUCACUGCCUGCCUGCUGUCUGCUGCUCAAAUGUUGGGAGACAAGGCUCACGGUGUGACUUUAAAGGUGAUGGAGUACACAUACGACGAGGACCUGGAAGAGCUGUGUCCUGUGUGCGGAGACAAAGUGUCUGGAUAUCACUACGGCCUGCUCACCUGUGAGAGCUGCAAGGGCUUCUUCAAGAGGACAGUGCAGAACAACAAGAGGUACACGUGUGCGGAAAACCAGGAGUGUAAAAUAGACAAGACCCAGAGGAAAAGAUGUCCCUUCUGUCGGUUCCAGAAAUGCCUCAGUGUUGGGAUGCGGCUGGAAGCGGUGCGUGCAGACCGCAUGCGUGGGGGUAGGAAUAAAUUUGGCCCCAUGUACAAGAGAGACAGGGCCUUGAAACAGCAGAAGAAAGCUUUGAUACGAUCCAACGGUUUCAAGUUGGAGAGCACGGCUCCUCCGCCAGCCUCUCCUCUGCAGGCAGACUACGGCUUCACUGGCACCUUGCACACCCUUCCCACCAUCUCUAAAAGCCUGCUCCCCUCCUCCCCGAGCUCCAUCACUCCCACAGACUACGAGGCUAAUCUCUACGGACCCCCGUCUUUGGGUAUGGCCAUGCAGUCACACGUGCCCCUCACCACCCAGUACCAGUACACAGCCUUUCCCGGAAGGGCGAUUAAAGCCGAGUGUCCCGACUACACCAGCUCCCCUGAGACUCUUACAGGAUACCCUUACCCAGACAUGUACCCCUCAGCCUCGCUGCAACCCCCCAGCCUGCCGCCACUGGUUCUGGAGCUGCUGCGCUGUGACCCGGACGAGCUGGUCGUCCAGAACAAGAUUGUGACUCACCUGCAACAGGAGCAAAACGGCCGGGGUCGGCUGGAAAAGCCCAGCACCUUCAGCCUCAUGUGUCGGAUGGCAGACCAGACUCUGUUCUCCAUAGUGGAGUGGGCUCGGAGCUGCAUCUUCUUUAAGGAGCUGAGGGUGGGAGAUCAAAUGAAGCUGCUUCAUAACUGCUGGUCUGAACUGCUCGUCCUGGAUCACAUUUUCAGACAAGUGCAACACGCAAAGGAAGACAGCAUUCUGCUGGUGACCGGCCAGGAGGUGGAGCUGUCAUCCAUCCUGUCUCAGGCUGAGGGGACACUCUCCAGUCUGGUCCAAAGAGGUCAGGAGCUGGCAGCGAGGCUGCGGGUGCUGCAGGUCGACCGCAGAGAGAUCGCCUGUCUGAAAUUCCUCCUCCUUUUCAACCCAAAUGUAAAAUUGCUGGAGAACCAGGCGUUUGUGGAGGGCGUCCAGGAGCAGGUGAACGCUGCUCUGCUGGAGUACACCCUGUCUGCCUACCCUCAGUUCCAAGAGAAGUUCAGCCAGCUGCUGGUACGGUUGCCGGAGCUGCGCUCCCUCAGCACGCAGGCCGAGGACUACCUAUGCUACAUGCAUGUGAGUGGAGAGGUGCCCUGCAACAACCUGCUGAUCGAGAUGCUGCACGCUAAGAGGGCGUGUGUGUGAGGAGCGUGAGCAGGACGCUCCGCCACCAUAUAUUAUUUGUCUAGGUGAGAGUGUGUGUGGACGGAAAAGAGCGAGUGACGAAAAUGUUGAAUGACACUAGACAGGUUCCCCCGGGUCACCUUUGUGGCACUUUUUAUGUUUUGAGUUGGAUGGAAAAAAAGUUCCUUAAAGUUUGGAAUUAUAAAGCUGCGUGUGUGCUCACCGGUAGUUUGGAGAUUUUGAAUAUUAAUGUUUUCAUGUCCUGCAGAGCUACAUUAACGUGACCUUAUACCUAUAAACUGGAUUUUCUAACUUGUUUUCAAGCAUCUAAAGUUCGACCUGCGUAUAGAGUUACAUUCUAUCUAUUUUGAGCAAAUAUAACAUGAAUUCCACAGAGCUGCCCAUCAAACAGUUACUCUUUAGAUACACGUCAUUCAUUGCCACCUUUUUCAAUCUGUAACAUUCACACUCAAAAUAUCUUUGUCGUAUCGCUACCAAAUUUUGACAAGGCCUUCAGCGUGAAAUUUGCAGUCACAUCACUGGAUGGAGGUAUUUGCUGGAUGAGCAAAUGUUUACUUUUUACAGCAAAUAUUUGUUUUCUCUUUCCAAAGUAAUAUUUUAAUAUCUGAAUGAGACGUUUUUGAUCCCAGUAUCUGAUGCUACAUCCUAGAUGCUUAUCCUAGAUUAUCUUUAUUAUUUUGAUGAUGUCAUGUCGUCAGACUAGAGUAGCACUGCUAGAGAAGCCCAACAGACAUAAAUAAAGUUUAGUUUAAAUCUAUCUAGAUGUUAAUAUAUAAAUGCCAAGGCAGUAUUGAGAAAAACACAUUAAGUGUUUUAUCAAACAACAAGAAGAGAAAGUGAGAGAGAGGCAGAGAAGAGAGAGACAAACAACGCAGGAGAUAAAAGAGAGAAACUGUACACAGCCAGUGGUCACAGCCAGGUGACCAUGUUUGGGAUGCACACGUUCAAACGUAUUAAUAACUGAAUUAUUGGCAGCUUCUAAAAACAAAACACUGAAAAGUAUAAUAUUGUAUUAUUGUUGUACCUUGAUUUGGUGCUACAUAAAUAAAACUGAAGUGAAACAUAAGAGAAGGAUAUUAAUGAAUCUGGUUAAGCUCAUUUCAGCUUCACUUAACAUGCUUGAAUAAAUAAUUACAGACGUAUACGUGUGUGUGAUGUCUCCUGUAACAGCGUCCAGUCAGAGGGAAAACAUUCAGGCUCACAGGGAUUUCUCUUUAUUUGACUUCAUUAUUUGAAUGUUUAAUAUGAACAUCCACCUCUGUAACAGGACACAAGACUAAAUAUAAAAUUGGAAACUCCACUACAGAUUCCCUUUAAGUGACGGCAAUAUUUAGAGAUAUCUGAUGACUUUGCUGAUGCAUUUGCUUGUUUGUUUGUUUUUUUAAAAUUAUGUACAUAAACAAAAAUCAGGUGUUAUUCUCAUUUGUUGAAAUUUGACCUCCAAUUUUCAGGAUAAAUAGUUCAUUUGUUUAUUCAGCCUUAAGAAUGUUAGAAGUUAUUUAUCUUCAUUCUCCGCCCACUGCUCCAUUCUGAUGACAUCAUCGCGGAUGUUGGUGACAGUGCUCAACGAGAGCGGCGAGACAAAGCUAGCUUACAACAAGCUGUACAGCUGACCUGUGGUUGUUGACGUGUUGCUUAGUGGGCAUUUCUCUUCAGAUUUAGCGAGCACUACGUGAAAGAGCAACGUGUGCAACGACUCGCGGAGCCAAACUUUGUACCACAAAGAAUAAUGACAGCGUGCUUUAAACCGAGGCAGUCGAGCAUCCACUGCAUCGCAGCCCUGAAGUCUGUGUUUGCAGCAUCAUCUGUGGCACUUCCUUUGUUCUGUCCCACGCUGGGUUAGGGUCUCACACAGUCAGAGUGACAGUGAGAGUUAAAAACAGUCAAAUGUUUUAAUGUUGUGCAGCUGUUUAAGAUCAUUUGUUAUUGGUCCACUGAUGUGGGCGUCGACAAUCACUCCUCCAGCCUUACCUUUACGUCUGUCACACCACCUGCACACACGCACACACACACACACACACACUUAGUGUUCCAAUUGAGAUAGUUAUGUGUAAUCACUCUGUAUAGUAUAUUUAUGUUGUGAAGUGAAUAUCUGCUGCAAGAUAAAGAUACAUUUCAGCACAAAAACGUUCUCUGCUUUAUGUUGAGGUCAAAUUGCUACUACUGUGGAGCUGAUUCUCUUGUUUUCACUUUCUUUGUUCUGGUCUUGGUUCUCUCUUCUUUCCUGUGAGUUGAGCGUCUGUCCUGUCUUAAACUGAAGUGCUUUUCUCCUCAAAGAGAGAGUGACCAAAAUCUUUUUUUGUUUUUUAAAUAUAUUUUAUUGUAACAGCAUCAAACCAAUAAAAAAAAAUCAAUGAAG